UGAGCAUCAAAGAGUGUCUUAGUGCAGAUUGUGUACAGUUCUGUAGCCUAUGAGCGAUAGGGAUACCACUAGUGAGGACGACCAGAUCUUGCGAUCGGCUAGAUGCCCAAUUGCCCACGUGGCAUUAGGACCCGAGGGUGAUAGGUUGCUGUUCCGCCAGCAAAGGGAGAGGCAGCAGCAGCAGCGAAGAGCUAGGGCAGCAGAGGCCAGCAGGGCAUUCGCAAGCGAAACCGCAGUUUCAGCAGUCAUGGCAACUGCUGCGCAGCAGAGUUCCCAGGCUAGCAGUUCAGGUACCGUAGGGUCAACGGUUGCGCAGACCUUGAGUCAGUCCACUGGCGUCAUGGCAAGCCAGCCAUUAGUGUUGACUUCUGAUGGGUUCGCCAUACAACAGGCAGCACUGCAGGAGGCACAAGUACAUAAGGCCUUAGGAGUGAUAAAAGUGGAGAAGGAAAAGAUGAUUAGAAGAAGAGCCAGGAUGCAGCGGAGCCAAAUCAACGGUGAGAAGUGCGAGUUUGGCCGCACCCGUAUCUUGUACUUGGGUCAUGAGAUUUCCGCGGAGGGAUUAAAGCCCGAUGACGCGAAGGUGGCCAGCAUUCGUGACUGGCCGCGUCCUCAGUCUGUGACUGAGAUGAGGUCUUUCUUAGGGAUGACCGGCUACUACCGCAACUUUGUAAAGAACUAUAGCAUGGUGGCCUCCCCUUUGACUGACCUGACGCGCCUUGACACCCCAUGGGAGUGGACAGACAAGUGCGAGGCUGCUUUCAGACAUCUGAAGCAUGCGUUGACGCACCAUGAGGUCUUGAAACUUCCUGAUCCCGACAAGCCGUUUAUAGUAACUACGGAUGCUAGCCAAUAUGGCAUAGGUGUCGUGCUCGCGCAGCAGGAGGGGCCAAAGGUGAGGCCAGUUGAGUACAUGUCCAAGAAGAUGUCGUCUCAGAAGUUGGCUAAGUCCACUUAUGAGAAAGAGCUCUACGCGAUUUACAAGGCACUGACCCAUUGGGGACAUUACCUCCUUGGGAGGUUCUUCAUCGUCAGGACUGAUCAUCAGACCCUGAAGUGGAUGAGAACCCAACCAGUGGUCUUCGAUGCAUUGAAGCACCGGAUCGAAGUCAUUCAACAGUAUGACUUUGAACCGCAGUAUCUCAAAGGGGAGUACAACAAAGUUGUUGAUGCCUUAUCGCGCAGACCUGAUUUCUCUGGUGCGCUGAUUACUGAGUUCGAGCUCGCGGACAAUGUCACUCGUUCUUUGGUGGAAGCCUAUCGCAAGGACCAGUUUAUGUCUGAGAUCAUACGCAGACUCGAGGCGAAGGACAACGUGACUUCUGUCGAGUUUGAGUUGGUCAACGGACUGCUGUUCUUUGAGAGGGCAGGGAAUAAACGUCUGUGUGUGCCAGAUAGAGAGUCUUUGCGUAGUUUAUUUUUAGGAGAGUAUCAUGACGCCAUCGGCUAUUUUGGCUACAAAAAGACAACAGCUAAUCUGCUGCAGCGGUUCUGGUGGCCCACGAUGAUGAGAGACGUGAAGCUGUACGUGGAAACUUGUCAAGUCUGUCAGAGGGACAAGCCACGUACACAAGCUCCUCUUGGGGUUUUGAAGCCCCUUCCGAUUCCGGAAAGGUCUGGUGAAAGCCUGUCCAUGGACUUCAUGGAUACGCUAGUCACCAGCAAGAGUGGAUUGCGUUAUAUCUACGUCAUUGUGGAUAAAUUUAGUAAGUACGCUAGGUUGAAGCUCAUGGAAGACCUUCACGAGCUUGGGAAAAAUGCAGAAUUGUUUUUUCUUGAAAAUUUGGCAGCAAGGAAGCAGCAGCAAGAGCAGCAGGAAAGACAAGAGAGUAGCACAGAAAAAAUGGAGGAGGAACAAGGAGAAAACAUGAAAUGUGAGGAGGAGGAUGGGGAAAGUACAACCGGACAACAACAAUCCUUAAAGAGGAAAGGUCACUCAGGGGAGAAAGAGGGAGUAGACAAACAAGAGGGUCAUUCGCAGCAAGCCAAAAGGCAGCAGAAGGCUACUAAAAUUAACAAUACGGAGGCGAGUCGAACGGCGGAAUCAGAGGAAGGAGCAACACAGGGUAAGGAGGGAAGUACCCAAGCAACGAGGACGGAGACCAGCAGUCAGCAAGGUGAUUCCACAAUGGCAUUCCCGGGAACCACCACAGCAGAGCCACCAGCCGGUACCAUGGGGGAGGGAAGAAAACGUAUGCACAACAUUGAAAAUAUGACAGGAGAGGAAAUACAACAGGCGGAGGAGGAUCAGCGAGAUUUUACUGCAGACUCAGACGAUGAGGACUCGUUGGGGGAAGAAGACGAGAAGGAAGAAUCAGGGGAGGAGGACAUGACGCUAGAACAGUGGGUCCAGACGGUAGAACAACUGGAAUGGGGGAGAACAAUUGAAUGCGAGAUCAGACAGGCUCAUCAUAAACAUUUGAGGAACUUGAAGCAGGCGACCCAAGUGGCGGAAGACAUUACUUCUGAAAAUCGUUUUGAGCUGUUAAAAAGGGAAGGGGAGAUAAACGAAUUUUAUGCGGCUCAGUACGCGAGGAAAGCUCGCCCUAUCAAGAACGACAUUCAAAUUCAGAACGAAGAAUAUGACAAAAUCUUCCAAUGGCCAAAGACAUAUCAAGACAAKGGCAGCAAAGUAGCCAACARAAAGAGGAAGGCRCGGAGGGAGGACGAGAAGGGAAGCAGGGAGGAMCAGUCAAUGGGGAYACAAGACCAGCCUAUGAAGGAUGUGGAUGAGCAGCAGGAGGAAGGGGAGGAAUAUGAAAAACAGGAAUUGCGGAGGCAAGCAGCAAUGUUGGAGGCUCAGGCCUUAGAAGACUUAGAAGGCGAAUGGUCAAACAAGGAUCCUCGCGAGUCUUGGGUGGCGCUAAAGAAGGGUCCUAGAGGGGAACAUUUCGUUGUGGAAGUGGAUGUAGGAGGCCGCAAAUGUGGUGCCUUCAUAGACACAGGCUCCACGCGAAAUUACAUAAGUCGCGACUGUUUGGAAAGGCUGCACCUACAGGACCGGGUACGACACCUUAGUAGACUUGUAGCAUCUACUUUGGCCAACAAAGAGCGCAUGAUUGUCACAGACUACCUCAAGGACGUAGUCUGUACCUUCUCCUAUGGAGGAGGUGAGCUUAACCAUAAGAUCUCGUUCUUGGUUAGUAACGACUUGCCAUUUGACAUGUUGCUAGGCAUGUACUACCUCGAUAUUGCUAAGCCCCAGUUUGACUGGGAUAAGAAGGUGCUCAAACAGAAGUUGCCCGAUGGCCGAACUGUCAGAAUAACUAAGUUCAAGGCCAGUAGUAUUAUAGAUACCUAUGGCUGCUUGUGCGCAUCUGCGUUCUACAAUUACUAUAAGCAAAACCAAGAGGAAGGUAUGUACCUUGUUUAUGUCUCUGAGAAGGGGGAGGCCGUUAAAACACCCCCGGAGAUAGAACGUGUCGUUGCUAAGUUCCCUGAUCUGUUCGAGGAGCCCACAAGAGUUGUUGAUAGGGAAGUCGUCCACGCUAUAGAAAUCAUUCCAGGGAGUAAGACCCCAAAGGGAAGGAUCUAUAGGAUGRCCCCUGCCGAGUUAGAUGAACUUCGGAAGCAACUCAAGGAGCUGACAGAGAAGGGAUGGAUUCGGCCUAGUACUUCCCCUUACGGAUCACCUGUGUUAUUUGUAUCAAAGAAGGGGGGUACUUUGAGGAUGUGCAUUGAUUAUAGGGGCCUCAAUGCCAUCACGGUGAAAAAUGCAGAGCCUCUACCCCGCAUAGACGACCUAUUGGAUAGAGUGCAGGGAUGCAAGUACUAUACGAAGAUAGACUUGAAAUCCGGAUAUCAUCAGAUCGCAAUAAGACCUGAGGACCAACACAAGACAGCUUUUCAGACUAGAUAUGGUCUGUAUGAGUUUGUAGUGAUGCCUUUCGGUCUUUGCAAUGCGCCGGGUACAUUCCAGCACGCUAUGAAUCGGAUCUUCCAUGACCAUUUAAAUAAGUUUGUCAUAGUCUAUCUAGACGACAUUCUGAUCUUUAGUAAGUCUGCCGAGGAGCACGCACGCCAUGUUGAGACAGUUCUCUCACUCCUACGACAGCACAAGUAUAAGAUCAACCUAGAGAAGUGUGAAUUCGGUCGCACUAAGAUUCUAUACUUGGGUCAUGAAGUAUCCGCGGAGGGAAUUAGGCCGGAAGAUGCGAAAGUGGCUAGUAUUCGAGACUGGCCACGACCUCAGACAGUUGCUGAGGUCAGAUCUUUCUUAGGAAUGUGCGGCUACUAUAGGAACUUCGUAAAGAACUAUUCUAUAGUCGCCUCUCCUUUGACAGAUCUAACUCGACUUGACACACCGUGGGACUGGAGUGAUGAGUGUGAGGGUGCUUUCAAGAGAUUGAAGCAUGCACUCAUGAAUCACGAAGUUCUCAUGGUUCCCGAUCCGCAGAAGCCAUUCAUAGUGACCACUGACGCAAGCCAAUACGGCAUUGGCGCAGUGCUGGCUCAGCAGGAUGGGAAAAAGUUGAGACCGAUCGAGUAUAUGAAUAAGAAGAUGCCAUCGAAGAAAUUGGCUAAGUCCACCUACGAAAGGGAACUCUACGCUCUCUACAAAGCACUUGUCCAUUGGAGACACUUCCUUUUGGGAAGRUUCUUCUAUCUGAGGACUGAUCAUCAGACCCUCAAAUGGAUCAAGACUCAACCGGCUCUUUCUGAUGCACUCAAGCGAUGGAUUGAGGUCAUAGACCAAUAUGACUUCAAGCUUGAGUACSUGAAGGGAGAGUMUAACAAGGUUGCAGACGCGCUAUCCMGUAGAGCAKACUACYUAGGUGCGCUAGUUUMUGAAUUUGGCGUAUCUAACGAAGUGACUCAAUCAUUGGUGGGAGCCUAUCAGGAAGACCCUGUCACGAUGGACAUCAUCCGCAAACUUCAGGCAAAAGACAAGGCCACAGAAAGUGAGUUUGUGAUGGUGGAUGGGCUAAUAUAUCUUGGUAAGGCCGGAGUAAAGAGAUUGGUAGUUCCAUCCAGUGAACAGUUGCGUAGUUUAUUUUUAGGAGAAUGUCAUGACGCAACUGGGCACUUUCGCUACAAGAAGACGAGUGCUAACUUAGUACAGCGAUUUUGGUGGCCCAGAAAGUUAGAUGACGUGAAGAAGUAUGUUGAGACCUGUCAGGUCUGUCAGCAGGACAAACUGCGAACUCAAGCACCGCUUGGGUUAUUGAAGUCAUUACCUAUUCCUGAUGGUCCAGGAUUGAAUGUUUCCAUGGAUUUCAUGGACACUCUUGUGACCAGCAAGAGUGGUAAGAGGCACAUUUUCGUCAUCAUUGACAAGUUCACCAAGUACGCUAGACUAGUACCAAUGCCAGAGACAGCCAGGACGGAAUACGUCAUCAAGUUGUUCAAGGACAACUGGGUAAGGGACUUUGGUUUACCAAAGACCAUCAUUAGUGACCGAGACGUCCGAUUCACAAGUGAGUUGUGGAAGAAGAUUGCAGAACAGAGGGGCAGUCAACUUCAAAUGACUUCAGGGAAUCAUCCCGAGGCCAACGGACAAGCCGAACAAAUGAACAAAGUGGUACAACACUUGCUGUGACAUUACAUCAAGCCCAGCCAAGAUGAUUGGGACGAGCAGUUGCCUCUCAUCUCCAGCUUGUACAACAAUGCUAUUCAUAGUAGUACCGGCGUUAGUCCUAACCGGUUGCACUUGGGAUGGAAGCCUAGAUCAGCACUAGAUUUUCUCCUACCUGAAAACCGACCCGCUGCAACUCGAGGCACACUUGAAUACGACGUGCAGUAUGAGAAGUUGCUGUGCGAGGUUGUUGAACAUAUGAAGAAAGCUCAGCAAGCCAUGAUAGCUUCCGAGAAUCAACAUCGCAGACAGUC